GAAUAUGCGCAGCGCUGCGCACACGACGUAACCGCAGUGACGCCCUUGAAUGCGUCAACGCUUCACUUCCGCCAUCGCAUUCCCACAAUCCACCGCGGGUCCUCCACAUUCAGUUCUGUACUCCAGUGUGUCAAACCCAAGAUGGCGCUCCACCGGUUGUUCCAGCUGUCCUCCAUGCUGCACUCCUCCGUGAGUCUUAUCCUGCGCAGGAACAUCGGCUUCUCCGCCGUGGUCCUCAACCGGACAAAGGAGCUCGACCCCGUGCAGAAACUGUUCCUGGACAAGAUCCGUGACUACAACACCAAGAGCAAGAGCUCUGGUGGCCUUGUGGACGCAGGGGCCGCGUAUCAGAAGAACGUGUCCGAAGAGGUCACCAAGCUACAGAGACUUUACGGUGGCGGAGACCUCGUCAAGUUCCCCGACAUCAAAUUCACAGAGCCCCAGCUUGAGGAAGUGGCCAAGUGAACUCUGUCCAUGUCAUAUAAAUCUCCUACAAGUCACCAAUAUGUUGUAUUUAAUAAAAAGAUUGUGGAGUGAA